GAGACUACGGACGGUUGGUUUAAGACGGUUUGCGUUUGCUGUGGCGGAAUAUAGUAGCGAGGUAUACACGAAUCAGCGUACGCCAACAAUGGACAUGAUGACUGUCAACAAAAACAAUAACAACGACCACAACAGCGAUGAUGAUAACAACAAUUGCGGGACUGGUGCGAACACCUUGGGCGCUGCUACAGCGGAUGGCAAAAUCACGCCCACUCACUCGACGACCGAAAGUGUUACGGAGGAGGCGUUCCCAGUCGGUAAGGCAGCUGAAAAUAUGCAGCGAAACAAACUCACUGCCCAUGGGUACGAUGCUGAAGGUGACAUCGCGGCCAUCGCGGCGGUCGCUGCGGAUUGUGAGCGUUUGCUUGCAGCUGCAACAGCUGAUACUGCUGACAACACUUACAACAACACCAACAAUAAGAACAAUGGUGGCAGCGAAGUUAUUGGCUAUGUCAGCGAUGAAACCGCUAACGCGAGCAAUUCCUACGACAACAACGACAACAGCAACACGAGGCAGAAUUUGUAUGACAAAGUUGACGACGAUGAUAAUGACACUGAUUUGGCUGGAACGGAUGGAGCGGAUGCAGAGGUGUUGUGUAACAGCGCUGCGCUGCCGCGUGCGCCUCGCUCUCAACUCGACUAUACCGCUUCGUUUGCAUCGUACGAUAGUCAUGUGCAUCAGUUGAAUCAUAGUCAGCGUUGCAAUUCGCAUGCAUCGCUAAAAGUCUUGCGACGACAGCGUCAGCAACAACAAUUGCACCAGCGGCUGAGCGCGCAACAAAAUACGAGUUCUUUGAAAUUGAGCGCCUCCAGCGCAUCGAUUUGUUCGUCGACCACUUCGACAUGUCCCGCGUAUAGUGUUGGCGAGCCGCUGUAUCAGUCGGUUGCAUUCACUGAGUAUGGCGCCGUGGACGCGUGUGCUAUAGAGGCGCUGACUAUGGAAGAAUUGGCGGAUGAGAGCGUUUUGCGGUACUCCUUCAAAGGUUACCCGCCGGAGUUGUAUUCGCCGCGAAAGGAAUUCAUCUAUACGCGUCCGUUAGUUGAGAAACAGGGCCAUCCGUUAAGUGGGAUUGACGACGGCAACGAUGACUUCGUCGCUCUAAGCAGGGAUCUGCAAGCUGAUAACACAACAGUAAGUCAUCAGCUGCAGUUCGCGUUCUUUCCGGUAUUAAAUAUUAUCUCAAAAAAGCUAAUUGGUUCUAAUUUGAUUACAGUUAGCUCUAAUUGGUUUGUGCAACUGGAAGACUUGGGAUUUGCUAACGAUAUUUGUCUACUAUCGCCCAAGUUGACCGAUUUACAAGCGAAGGCGGACAAACUGGUAACACUGGCGGGCAAAGUUGGGCAUGAAGUAAACGUGGCUAAAACCAAGGCAUUGAGAAUCAACCACACCAAUAAAAACCAAGUAAUAAUGGAUGGCAAAGAAAUGGAGUUCGUUGAUAGCUUCUGCUAG